UGAAAUGCGCGUCUCCGCUCAGACGCACCCUCAAGGGACGGGGGCCUUUAGAGACACGGUAACAUACGACAUACGCGACAUACGCCAGAGUCUGGAAUUGGUGCACUUCGAUGUUAGUCUAGUCAAUCGACGAUUGCUCCAUUGUUUUUUCAUGGCAAGCUGCUGUGGAUCAUCAGUUUUUUCCUGCCUAUUCGAGCUGUACUGACCUUGAUAAGUAUUUUUCUUCAGUUUCUCCUAGCUGUGGAGUAACUACCAUGCACACCAAAAUGACGGACGGAGCAAAAUUAUAUCGUCGCUCAAUGACGACAGCCACAACCACAGGCUUUUUUCUGUUGGCAUGCUGGUUCUUGCCAUCGAGCUGUAUCCAGGGCAGUGAGGCAUUAUCCACGACAGCCACUACGCAGCCGAUAUCAAAUGUGACUCGCUAUCCUGAGCAACAUACUGUCGCCAGAAGUGCCGCCGACGUGGCUAAGGCACUGGCGGAGAAGGUAGCCCGCGAAGCAAUGAAGAAUGCGUAUAACGAUGUUUUCAGGAAUUGGACAGGUAUCGCUCAUCCCGAUUUCCACAACGGUGACGCUGAAACCUGCAAGAUUGUUCUGAGCUUCGACGUAGCGAAGAAGAAAAAUGCCAUGGGCAGCGUCACGAAGAUCCUGUCGGUAACUGUGAACAAUGCAAGGGGGCAGCUGACAGUCAAAUACCUUGAACGACCGAAUGUCCGGAAUGCAACUAACGUUAGACGUGCCUCUUCUUGGGUGAGGAGGAAGCUCGCUCUAGAAACUGCAGAUGAGGUUGUCUCAGUGACGGAGACCAUUGAUGUGCCACAAGCAUGUAUCGCUGACAAUCACUCGCGCUAUUUCGUCGUCACGCGACGGAAAAAUGUGAUAGACACCCGUGUUUUCGCUGUCGUUAUCGAACUAGAGCUACAUCCCGGACCCUAUCUCGUUCCACGAGACAUCUCGAGGAUAGCGGAGCUCGACCGGAUCCUCAAAGAGCACGAACGCGAAACUUUCACGGAAGGAAAAUGGGUUACUCUCCCGGGUUGCAUGAUGUUAAUCAGGGUUAGAGAGACAUUAAAAAGGGCACCGCGUCUCACAAUUGACGCUUACCGUGGGUCUGUUCAGUUUCGAGAAGACGAGCUGAAGAGCUUAGGCUCCCAGGCGCUACCCCAAGGGUGCACUUGGGAUGGCCCCAGUGCUGUAGGCGUUGUGACCCGCCACGACAGAUCUGCGGAUGCUAACCUGUGGGACGUUCUGUUGUUCAUGGCCGAUGCCCCCUCGCAUGUUCAGUUCGAAUACACACUUCCUAAAGAGGCUGACGUCGAACGGAACAGUGACCUGAGUUCCGGGUUCGCUUCAGGUCCUGGCGAGCAAGAUGACAAUAUAUAGGCAGGCUCGGCUCCGGUUUUGGCAUUUCAAGUUCUCAGGCUCCUUUAAAAGUACAUGACCCAAGAUCUGGGUCGUCAACAGCCGGAGACGCUGCGCCAGUACUUACGCCUUCAACGAUUCCUGACGUUCAUAUGCUCUGCGUUCUUUGAUUCGAAUGAACGGAUUAUUUACACAUCAUGCCGUCCUUCAGAAGCAGAGAGAGUCUCUCUUUUGCUGAGAAUGGUACAGCUGGGGCGCGUUUUGUUUUACUAUUCUGGCCUGAUGAAGCUUUCUUCAGCCUGACUCCUUUUCUGCCCCGCAGUUCCGGCAGCUAUUUGCGGCAGUACCCGAGUUUCGAAAUUGUUUGAAUGCUCAGUUCGACACCGUUAUUCGCUACUACUGCAACGGUCGUUACAGUGGUACACGAUGGAGUUAACGUACUUAAUUACGACUCAAGAGAGCCUGGCAUCGUGCAAAGAGGGAUGAAUCCGAAGCCACGGUCUUUUGUGAAUGAAUGCAGUCCUGACAGUUCUAGUGCUUUCCCUGUGUCCACUGUUCCACCUGUGCGCAUGCGACAGACACAUUUAAGCUACACGUUGCAGGUGCGUGAGUGUAGACCGCCGCUUGUGCCUGGUCUUUGAACCGCGUUACGCCGACCACUUAAAACUGAAUCUUGAAUCCAUUUUCCCUCAUGAUGGCAGGGAGAGCUUGUGGAGUCGCUGAUGCAAACAUCAGGAUUGCAAACGUCUUUGCCAUCGGCGGCCACUGACAGCACUAGCAUCAUGUACUGGCAGCACAUCUGCGCCUUGCGCAGGUAACCACGUGUACGCAUGUAUUCGAACAGGGAUAUUUAAGGUGUUGCGGUUGACAUCAAUGUAUACGGGCUUGCGUGGGUGGAUAUGGUACUUGUUGGUGUACGUCUUCAGCUGAAUCGGCUGAAACUAUUUAGACAGCACUGGAAUCCACAAGCUGUUACAGUCCAAGUCCAUGAUUAAUCCAUAACACU